AUGUCGUCGUCGGGAGGGUGGAAGCCCCGAUCACGCCACCCGGCGGUCGUCCACCUGGGCUGCGGCUGCCGAAGGAGAAAGCUCCCCUUCCUCUUCUCCUCUCCGCUGAGGAAGGUCAAACCCUCCUCCUCAGCUGCCACCACGACCGCCGCCGCAACGGCCACCUCGCCAUCUUCCUCGAAGAGUGUGCCCAGCGGAGCCGGCAGCGCCGGUAAUGGCGCAGGCAGCGUGGCGGUGGUGGUGGAGUCGGCCGACCCUUACCAUGACUUCCGGAGGUCGAUGAUCCAGAUGAUCGUGGAGAACGAGAUCUACGAGCGGGAUGGCCAGGAAGAGCUCCUCCGCCGCUUCCUCUCCCUCAACUCCGCCAGCCAACACGACGUCAUCUUCCGGGCCUUCGUCGGAAUCUGCGACGGCGCCUUUUCCUCCUCCACGGCGGCGCCACCUCCCGUCGCCGCCUCCUCGUCCACUGUUGCCCCCGCCUGCUUCCGCGGCAGCUGCGGUGGAGGGUACGGUUUGGGGUUCCCUUAA